GCUUUGCUGGCUGCUGCCUCAAUCUCCUUCCACCUGGUUUCCAAAAAUUAUCUCUUUCACUUCCCCCCCCUCCUCUUCUACACCAUCUACCCCAUACCUACCCCUGGCCUCCUCAGCCAUAGUCCGUCUCGUUGACUAUCACUCUCGUGCCCCUCGAGGGCCUGUCCCAUUCCACCCACCAUGUCCUACCAGUCCCAGGCGGGUCAUCCGGUCCCCGUCUACAACCCCAUGGCCGCCAUCAACGCCCCCGCCGGCACCUUUCUACCCGGGACCAAGGUCCAGGUCGGCAGUCAUCGGGUCGUGGUCGAGAAAUACCUCUCCGAGGGCGGUUUCGCCCACGUCUACGUCGUGCGCCUGCCUCAGCCCGUCGACGGCUCUGAUCGAGCGGUCCUGAAGCGCGUGGCCGUUCCGGACAAGGCGGCCCUGGCCAACAUGCGCACCGAGGUGGAAACCAUGAAGAAGCUCAAGGGACACCGCCACAUAGUCACUUAUUUUGACUCCCAUGCGUCGCAGCUACACGGCGGCGGAUACGAAGUCUUUCUUCUCAUGGAGUUUUGCUCCGGCGGUGGGUUGAUCGACUUUAUGAACACGCGCUUGCAGAACCGCCUGACCGAGCCGGAGAUCAUCAAGAUCUUCUCCGACGUGGCGGAGGGUGUCGCCUGCAUGCACUACCUCAAGCCGCCAUUGCUGCACCGGGAUCUCAAGGUCGAGAACGUUCUCAUCUCCCGACAGGGGAGCACCUCUCUCUACAAGCUGUGCGACUUUGGCUCCACAGCGCCGCCGCGCCCGGCCGCCACGUCCGCGGCGGAAGGCCGGCUGAUUGAGGACGACGUCCAGCGCCAUACCACGCUACAGUACCGCAGUCCGGAGAUGAUUGACGUAUAUCGAAAGCAGCCUAUCGAUGAGAAGAGUGACAUUUGGGCUCUGGGAGUCCUUCUUUAUAAGUUAUGCUACUAUACGACCCCGUUCGAGGAGGUGGGGCAGAUGGCCAUUCUGAAUGCAAGCUACAAGUUUCCUAGCUACCCACCCUUCUCCGACCGUUUGAAGAUGCUGAUUGCGUGGAUGUUGAAAGAGCACCCCCAGAAGCGUCCGAAUAUCUUCGAAGUGGUGCGCGAGAUCUGCCACAUGCAGGGCAAGGAUGUCCCGAUCCGUGAUAUCUACGCCAAUCGCUCGACGUCGGAAGCCCGCCGGUACCAGGAACUGCCGCCCUCGCCGACCGAAACGCCGCAGGUGGGCGCCGUGUUUUCUCCCCCGGUGCAAGAGACGCAGAUCAUCCCGGAGAUCGCCCCGAUGCGACGGGGUCGUCCAACCAGACCGAGCCAGUCGCAGCACAGCUCCGCCAAGCCGAGUCCGUCCCCAUUCCGCGGCUCGGCGGAUCCCUUUGCUGUCCUCGAUGCCGGGAACCGACAGCGCGAGACUGCGGAUGAGUUCGCGAACCGGUUCCCUUCCCUGGAUCAGUUCCAGAUCCUGCACGAGAAAGGGGGCAAGUUCGACUUUGAGCCCACCGUCUCCGGUACGAAAGCUGAAGACGAGGAUUUGGCUCAGCGACUUACCAACGCUCUGGCGGAUGACGCAUUCGCCAAGCGUCCCUCGCCGGAAAACGAGCCUAUCUCCAAGCCAGCGUCCGAGCCAACGGUUCAACGUCGGCCCCAGCCGACUCCAAUCAAGACCAAAUCGUCCGAGAUGGUUGAGACCUACCGCGAGGACUCCCGACCCCAGGUGCCCCUUUACCAGCCCGUUCCGCAGAAGCCGGCCAUGGUCUCGACGGGUACGAUGACUUCUCCUCCGGCGACGCCCGGACUGGAGUCCAAGCCGUCCAGCCGCCCCAUCUACAAAUUCCCUGCCAGCGACCAUCAACGUCGGCCGUCCAGUCAGCCGUGGACGGCAGAGACGGACCGGAAAUCAGCCCGACAGAGCAAGGUUCCGUCGCCCACCAGCUCCUCAUUUCCCAACCCGAGAGUCUCGGCUGAUCGCGUCUCCGACCUGUCCGCCUCGCCGCGGCCGUCGCUCGACGGGCUCCGGCCAACCAAUCUCGACGUCGAAGAGCCAGUCCGGUCCAAGUCGGCCAACAGCCGAUCUCGGCCGGUGUCAGUGCACGCCGGGGCGCGUUUCGAGAUGCCUCGCGGUUCGGAAAGCGCGCGCUCAUCGCUCGACCUGCCGCGCCCCUCGUAUGACGGCGGGGCGCCCCUGCAACAUGCGCGCACGGAGACGGACCAGCCGUAUGACCGCAAUAUCUCGUCGGACGUGGAUUAUCUGCGGGCGCGGGAAGAGGAAAGCAGCCGGAAGCGCGAGAAGCGGUACAGCGGCACCGCUAAGCACACCAAACGGUCAAGUCUGUCGACACUGUCCCUAUCGGGCACGAAGACGCUGUUCGCGGGACGGUUUGGUGAUGCAUUCCGGCGGUUUGAACAGAGCAACCCGGAGAGCAAGGUGCAGUCCCCCGUGGCGGAGGAGUUUCCCAAGCCGAUGCUGCCCGCGGCAGAGGUCACUGCCGAGCCGACCAGCGACCUGAUUGAGAUGGACAACGAAGACAUCUCGCCGGAGAUGCGGCGGGAGCUGGAGCGGCGACGCCUCUCCCAGGAGGAGAAGCGAGUGGCCAGCGCAGCGGCGGAGUACCGUCGGCGGGUGGCCGAGGGUAGCACAGGCAGCUGGAAGGGCAGCGACGGGUCCCGGUCGCAGGCGAUCCAGAACAAGGUGCAGUCGCUGCUCAGCGAGUCGAACCGGGCGCCGCCUCCCCCCAAGACGGCUACGGGCUACGGGCGGUACACGGACGACAGCCCCGCUUUGCAGGCAAAGCCCACGGAGGCGCGUCCGGACACACGAGUGAACACGCGGGUGACUGGCUCGGGGCAUGCGCCAGCCGCGGCAUCGCCGGUGCAGGAUCGAUUUGAACCCCGCGGACUGUCGCGGCAGGAGACGGCGUCGACGGGAUAUGCGGUGUCGCAGCGCACGGGUUCGUCGCGACCGGCACUACCACCCAAGCCCAAGGGGCUGCGAGUUGGGGCGGCGGAGAGCCAGGACGGUAGUUCGACGGUGACGUCGCCGACGGUCGGGGGCGAAGACUGGGAGGAGAACUUCAGCCGACGAUUCCCGAGCCUGUCGGGGUUAGAGAUGGAGACGGAGAUCGAGAUGGCGCGGGUGCCGCUGCGGACGCGGGAGGUGUAAUGCGUAUUAGUGAUAUAGAUAGAGCGUAAUCUGUUAUACAUAGGUAGACUUGUGUGAUCAGCGAGCGAGCAAUGCAUUAUACCUGUAC